UUGACAAUCAGCUGUGUUAAUUUUUAAUACUUAGGUCCCUGGAGUCAUGCUGAAAACUACUCUGAAUUAUUUAUAGUUGGGCUGAUAUAACUGGAAACAUCCGAAAUAGUACCCUUAUGUGAUGUAGCUCAUGAAAUUACAAUUAGCUGAAUCGAAUCGACCCCUAACCUAUAAAUUGUGAUGCCUUUAUUGAUUUAAAACAUCCGAGCAUUCCGAAAUACAGACCUUUUUAAAUUUCAACUAACGGAGAAAUGAAUAAAAUCAAAAAAAAUGGUACUGAGCACAGAAUGGUCUCAAGUCGAAGUGAUUGAUCUUUUCAAUGAUGGUUCUGGUCUGGGUUUCGGAAUCGUUGGUGGGCGAAGCACUGGCGUCGUCAUAAAGUCAAUCCUUCCAGGCGGAAUAGCAGAUAAAGACGGCCGGUUGCUGAGCGGAGACCACAUCCUUCAAAUCGGUGAUGUGAAUUUGAGAGGCCUCACCGCGGAACAAGUCGCUACCGUACUGAGACAGGCAGGACAGCAGGUGAGAAUGGUGGUAGCGCGCUCAAUAGAACCUAGUUCGAUAGACUUCAACACAUUCAAUCGUUCCGCACCAGUUGUGCCGACGAAAAUACUCACAGAUCCAGAGGAACUUGAUCGCCAGUUAAUACAGAACGGCUACAGCACUACAUUUUAUCAAUAUACCCACGCUCUAGAAGUUGUCAAAAAUGAACUCCUGCAAACGGAAGUUGAAAACAGGAUAAAUGCCUUGAAUGUCAGCGAAUCUGCUGUUUUCAAUGACAAAAAUUGCGUUACCUCGAAUGGUGUAUCACCUAUAGAGAACAAGCAGCUGAUUGUGUCACCAGUUGCUGUCGAUGUAGAGUGCAAUUCCGAGCCAGAGACGGAGAAGUUUACAGUUUCACUCAUCAAGGAUGAAUAUGGUUUAGGUUUUCCAACUUGGUUAACAUGUUGGUUAAACAAUUAUUUAUCUGAUAGGAAACAGCGGCCUCAGGUUGACCACGAAAGGACCUCAACUGGAAGCGCUGAUAGUGCAGUCUAUGCACAUAGCUCCGAAACGAAAGAGAUCUUCAUUGAAGAUGAUUUUGAAGCUAAUCCAGAAGAUGAUUUAGAAACUGUUAUCAAACGUAAAUGGCAAGGAAUCAUAGGCAGUGGUGCUGAUAUAGUUGUCGCAAACUUGACCAAACUCAAAGGUUUAGGAAUCAGUCUAGAGGGCACUGUGGAUGUGGAGGGGGGAGUUGAACUUCGACCCCAUCACUAUAUCCGGUCUAUACUGCCGGAAGGUCCUGUUGGACAAAACGGGAAACUGAGUCCUGGCGAUGAACUCCUGGAGGUUAACGGUCAGAAACUUAUGGGAAUGAAACAUGUCGAGGUGGUUAAAAUUCUCAGAGAACUUCCAAGCGCUGUGAGACUCGUCUGUUCUAGAGAGCACAAGAGUAAUAGAGUAAUUAAUACGUCGCAGGAUAGGGAAGCUUUCGAAGCAAGGAAUAUUUUGGGUGGCAGCUUGAAAAAUCUUUUACCCCAGCCAGAACAGAAGUUGAUCAAAGCUCUAAGCGAUACUAGUUUGAAUACGUCAAGUACUGUCACAGUUACAGAUGAACCAAGCUUGCAGAAAGCUAAAUCUCGCUCGUUAGAAGUUACAAACGUUGCCAUGUGGUCAGAGGAAAUAGAAUACGUGGAACUUGUCAAGACAGACCGCGGUCUCGGAUUCUCCAUACUGGACUAUCAGGAUCCCAUGGACGCUCAAUCCAGCGUCAUAGUAGUGAGAAGUUUGGUCCCGAAAGGAGCGGCAGAGCAAAACGGAAAAAUAACACCAGGCGACAGACUGGUAAGCGUCAAUGGUAAAGUUAUCAAGAACGCUUCUCUGGAUCAGGCCGUUCAGGCGCUCAAAGGUACCCCACCUGGGGUUGUGAAGUUGGGCAUUUCGAAACCUUUGCCCAGCUCUAGGCACACCGAGAGCCUAAGUAGUCAAACCGUUGGAUCUUAAUUUUUAUGGUACAAUUUCGCAUCGUGCUUUUGAAAUAGGUAAUUUCACGCUUUGCGGUGAUUAUUCAAAAAUCUUGUGCGUUUCGGUUCGCUGAAUAGAAAACUGAAAAAAAAAUCGAGUAAGGAAACUAUCAUAAAGAAAAACUUACUGCUAAGAAUCGCACGUUAAAAGGUAAGACCUCCUUAAUCCUUAGCUCUCUCAACUUUCGAAUUUUGAGAGAUGUAUGUAAGGGAGUAAUAGCUGGUUCACAAAAGAUUUUAACAAAUCUAAAGAAAUGAACUUUAAACGUUCAAUCCAGUCUCGGAUAUACCUACACAGUAGGUUGAA